AAACCCAUCAUUUCAUCGCCGCUGCCUCUCUUCCUUCACUCACUCUUUAUCACUUGAUGUCUUUGAUCUUACUUCACCCAUCUGGGUUUUCUUCAAUUGGAAGAAUCCUUUAAGCUCAAAGAAACUUAAUUUUUAAUCUGCUCCCUAAAUUCCAAUCAAAGUUUGAGUUUUUCUUGCUUUGCCAGGAAUCUUUGUUUAUUGGUACAUCGGCUAUCCAUUGAUCUAGUACCCGUUACUUAAGUUCACACUAGUUCCUACUAAGUGGAUUCUUUGAUAAGGCAGAGAAUGGAAAUAGGACCAGGAAAGCUGUUUAUAGGUGGUAUUUCUUGGGAAACAAAUGAUGUUCGUCUGAAAGAAUAUUUCCAAGUUUAUGGAGAGGUAAUGGAAGCAGUGAUAAUGAAGGAUAGGAUCACCGGCAGGGCUCGAGGUUUCGGUUUUGUUGUUUUCGCAGAUUCAUCUGUUGCAGACAGAGUUGUUAAGGAAAAACACAUAAUAGAUGGUCGAAUGGUUGAGGCAAAAAAGGCUAUUCCUAGAGAUGAUCAAAGCAUUAAUGUAAUGAUAAAAAACAAUGGCAUCAUUCAUCCUGUUCGAACUAAAAAGAUAUUUGUUGGAGGAUUGGCAUCAACUGUUACCGAAACUGAAUUCAAAAGGUAUUUCGAUCAGUUCGGAACUGUUACUGAUGUAGUAGUUAUGUAUGAUCACAAUACACAAAGGCCUCGAGGGUUUGGAUUCAUAACUUAUGACAUAGAGGAAGCAGUUGAGAGAGUAUUAAUGAAAACCUUUCACGAAUUGAAUGGAAAAAUGGUGGAAGUUAAGAAGGCUGUCCCUAAGGAGCUUUCUCCUACGGUUCCUAACCCAAACCGAAGUCAUCAUGCCAUGAAUAGAGUACUCGCAAACUUACUCAACACCUAUACUACUAGAUUGAGUCCAAUUACAGUUGGGGAAAAUGGGUAUUAUGGAAUGGGACUGAAUUUCGAGCCUGGCUUGAAUAGACGUGUAUUGAAUUCCUUUUAUGGUGGUAGUUCAAGCAGGUUUUUACCCAAAAACCAGAGUUUGUGGCUGAAUAAUGGCGGUCAGGAUGAACUUACAGGUUCUAUCUGGGGUUCUAACUAUAAUGGAGGGAAUAGUCUUAUUAGUCAUAGAAGAAACGCGAUGUAUUUGGAAUCGAUGUGGAGGAUGCCGUCUCUGGAAUUCGAGAAAUUUGAUUUCCUAAGGGUCUGAAAAUUUGAGUUCAAAUGUUGGAUCAAGCAGAGGUAAGAAAGGUGGUUGUUUUACAGUUGAUAAUAUGCUUGUUUUAUGAGAUGAUGCAGCAGAGAUAGUAGUUACCUAAUACAUUACAGCUAAUUGGAUGAGUCUGAGUAUUACAAUUUCAAAACAAUGUCGAUUUUUUUUUUGUUUUUUUUGUUUUAGAUCUCUUGUUCUUGUUAGUGGGAUUGUAUCGAACAAGAUUGAUUGAUUUCUACGGGAAAAUCUUUAAUGGGUCCCUUGAAUAAAAGUCCUUAUUUU